AACCUACAUAUGUACAUACAUAUACUGCAGAAGUAUACACAUUCACGUUGUAAUUAGAUUCAACGAAUUGUAAUAUCAGCGAAAUAUCGGCGUCUUUCAAAUAAUAGGCAUCUGAAGCAUUUUUAACCCAAUGGCUAUUAAAUAUCAACACCAAUAAAUUAUUUAUGGUUUAAGAUAACAAGUUUCAGCUUCAAAUUAAAAUGUUUAAAAGGGCUACUCCACAUAAGGGCUCAGAAUAUUUUGCUAAUUGCGCUGAAAUCGCCGAAAUCGCGAGAUGUACCGCAACAAAGUGAGCGGAAGUGCUAUAUUUUUGGCCACGUUGGCUAUUAUUGUAUCCUGCCCAGCGGCAACCCACGGCUCCGGUACACCGCCUCGAUAUGAUAAGCAUCCUGCCGCACGUUUCAUACCUAGAAAAAUCAUUGCUUUGAGGGAUACGGAUGCUGAUCUGAAUUAUCGGCUGCCAAACGCCACCGAACCACUACACUACGACGUCGAACUGACAACGAAUGUGCACAAUGGCACGAAGAGAUUCACAGGCACUGUAAAAAUUCUAUUAGAAGUUAUCGACAACACAAAUACCAUAGUUUUGCAUGAACGUCAACUGUCAGAAAUCAAAGCAACCAUUUCAAACGCAAACGGAACGGGUGGUGUUCAAGAACAGCUAAGCACCUCGUAUGAGGAGGCACGUGAAUUUCUUAGUUUAACACCAACAAACCAGUCCCUCACCUUUAGCAAAGGCACCUUUUGGGUUUUGACCAUCACCUAUGCAGGAGAAUUGCGUGUCGAUAAUUUGGGAUUUUACUUGUCCACCUAUACAGAUGAAAAAGACAACACACAUUAUUUAGCAACGACACAAUUUGAGCCGACCGAUGCUCGAUAUGCAUUUCCAUGCUACGAUGAACCAGAUAAGCGUGCGACAUUCACAAUCACUAUUAACCAUGAUCCCUCAUUAAAUGCCAUAUCAAAUAUGCCUCUGGACGAAGAGAUGAGCAGACCUGGAUAUUCUGUCUUCCAAAAGACUCCUAGUAUGUCAACUUAUUUAGUAGCGUUUGUUGUGUCCGAUUUCGAAUAUACCGAAGGAGUGUUGAACUCGAUUCUACAAAGAGUCUACACCCGUCCAGGUGCAAAGCAGAAUCAGCAAUUGGCAUUGGUUUCCGGAAUGUUGUUUCUGCAAAGCCUUGCUGAAUACUACAAUUUCGAUUUCGUACUGCCGAAACUCUAUCAAGUUGGUGUCCCAGAUUUUGCAGCUGGUGGCAUGGAAAACUGGGGCUUAGUUACGUAUCGAGAGGAGUAUAUGAUCUACAACAAAACGAUAUCGACAUCACGUGAACAAAUAUAUGACGACAAUAUCAUUGCCCACGAAUACUGUCAUCAAUGGUUUGGAAACUUAGUAACUCUCAAAUGGUGGACGUAUCUUUGGUUGAAAGAAGGUUUUGCUAACUUCUUCGCUUGGAAGACGAUAGAUGCGACGUAUCCUGACUGGGACGUCUAUCAGAUGUUCCUUAUCGACGACUUUCAAGUUGCACUCGCUGCAGAUGGUUCAGGCGACGCAAAUCCAAUGACGCAUUACGUGCAAACUCCAUCCGAGAUCUCUGCACGUUACGAUGAUAUUUCGUAUUCGAAAGCAGCCUCGGUACUGUAUAUGUGGCAGUGUGUGCUGACCGACGAAGUGUUCCGCCAAGGACUAAAUCUUUAUUUGACUACAAAUCAGUAUACUGCUACUGAUGAGUCGCAACUUUUCGAAGCUCUUAGUAAUGCUGCUGAUGCACAAAACGUAUCACUUCCUGCGACUAUGGCGGCUAUGUUCUCAAGUUGGUCUCAACAAUCCGGUUAUCCUCUACUCACCGUUACACGUAAUUACAACAAUAACACAUUCACCAUAACCCAAGAUGCUUUCUUCCCAAACAAAAAUCAAACAUCUGACAAAACUUGGUACAUCCCCUUGAAUUAUGCCCACAAAUCAAAUCCAGACUACCGUAACACCACCGCAUCGCAUUUUAUGCUCAAAACGAAAGAAAUCGAAAUCAGCGAUAAUAGUCUAGCAGCUGAUGAUUGGUUGAUUCUCAAUAAACAAUCGACCGGUUUCUAUCGCAUCAAUUACGAUGAACAAAACUGGAAUCUUAUCAUUGAUGAGCUGAAAUCACGACCAUACAAAUUCCAUUCACGCAAUCGAGCUCAACUAAUUUACGACCUCUACCAGUACACUUCUACAGAUCGCAUUGACUACAGCAUGCUAUUUAAUUUAUUGCAAUAUCUGCCGAACGAGGAUCAGUACGCACCUUGGGCUACGACCUACUCUCUAAUUUUUACAUUGAAAGUGUAUCUGAAUAGUGAUACGGAAUACAACAAUUUCUUACUCUACGUAGCCUCAUUGGUGACAGGACAUUUUGAGAAGUUAGGCCUGAAUGAUGUAUCUGGAGCACAGCGUCUUACCGUGCUAGUACGUAACCUCAUCAUUGAACUCGCUUGCUUGUCAGGAGUUGAGAGCUGUCUGACGGAGACGAAUAACAAAUUAAAGGAAAUAGUGAACAAUGGUAUCACCAUCGAACCAAGCUUAUUAUGGAAUGUAUACUGUUACGGCAUACGUCAGUCCGGUGAUACUGAAUUCGAUUUUGUCUAUAACCAAAUAUUGCAAUCCAGUGAUCAAACGUUUCGUGACUCACUCACCUCUACAUUGGGUUGUUCGCAAACCGAGUCUCAACUACAAAAAUUUGUGAGUAGCUCAAUCAAUAUGUCUGUUGAAUGGCGAUCACAAGAGCGCAUCACCUUACUCGGUGCAGUGUAUUCGAGCAGCAGUGUUGGACUUUUAGUGUGUAUUGAAUUUCUCAACGAAAAUUGGGAGGCAUACAGUAAUUUAAAUCCGGAAUUCACCGGAGUCAACCCACUUUAUCAAGCAAUGGUUGACAUGUCCACCUACAUAUUUAACAAUGAACAAGAAACCAAAUAUUUGGCGUUACUGGAUAAGGUAAAGGGCAGCGAUAAGCUGCCAAACGAUUUGGAGACUGUCGCCAAAGCAAAUAUUCAAUAUAAUUUUGACUGGUUGAACGAAAAUCGUGAUCCGAUUAUGUUGUGGAUGAAAAAGUUCGCCCAGGGUGGCAGUGCUGCACUCUAAGGCGAAUGGCUGCUGAGAUAUCGGUAUUAAUAAUCGGAAUAUAUAAGUACAUAGUAAAUGAGGCAGUGCUGCUGGUAUUCCCAUAGUUCUUUAAACCAUAUGAAAUCGAUAAAUGUAUGUAAUUUAAACUAUAAGUAAAUAAAUAUCAUAAAUAACAUAAUUUAAA